GGGUCGAUCAUGUCUAAAAGCCGAGAGGUAGAGUGUUGUCAAGGCCAAGCCGUCUGAUCAUGAGAUGCACGGCAUUCCGUAGGAUUUUGAGUCCUUGUUGGCUCGAGUUCAUCCAGGGAUUUUGAACACCCGAUUUGCGUACCUGACCGAAGUACACAUCACGCUUGGGAAGCAUCUGGGAAGACCGCCUUCUUCGAUGGCUUUCAUAAAGGGUGGGUUAUUGGUAGUGCUAUCUGUUGUCCAGAGCAUGGGUACCGCGCUUCCCAUGGGUGUGGGCGCGGGAUGGCAGUGGCGCUCAAGAGCGCACCAGAAGACGACCGGGCAGACCCCAAUGUUCGACACGGGGAACGCCACGGUUUAUCGCGGCGCGGCGAAGGCGACCAGUCUGGCACAUGCGCCGGAUGGGCAGGUCACUUUAGAUUUGGGCGACGGUGGCGACCCCAUCGCAGUCACGUUGUCCAGUGGGAGGGUCGUCAUCCAAAAAAGAACCAGUGGCAGCAUUGAUUUCUUCAGGGGGUGGUCCGAGUACAAGUCGGGCUUUGGCGACAACGACAACUUCUGGCUCGGGAAUGACAACAUCCACCGUCUCACUGAAGCGUCGAGCGAGAUCGAGCUGCGGGUGGACCUAGUGGACGCCACUGGUCAGCCGGGGCACGCCACGUACUCCAAUUUCCACGUGGACAGCGAAUCGAACCUAUAUCGAUUGACAAUCGGCGGGUAUUCAGGAGACAUCGGUGACAGCCUGUCCUUCCACAACGGACGCAGCUUUUCAACCAGUGAUCAGGACAACGACCUUGACCAGUAGUUCAACUGCGCCAGUAAGUAUUUGGGCGCGUGGUGGUACAACGGCUGCCACCGCUCAAAUUUGAACGGCCGCUACGAAGGACCCGGGAGUGUAUCGUCAUAUGCUACAGGUAUUGUUUGGUACACUUGGAAAGGGUUUUAUUAUUCUAUGCGGUCUUCAGAGAUGUCCUUAAGCUUUUGGCCAGGUUGGCAAGUGAUUACCCCCACACCCAGCCCAACGGCCAGCCCCACACCAAGUCCGACUUCGCACCCGACUGCCUUCCCGACGCCGUACCCGACAGCCUUCCCGACACCUUACCCGACUGCCUUCCCGACGCCGUACCCAACGGCCUUCCCGACAGCCUUCCCGACGCCGUACCCCACCGACUUCCCGACGCUCAGCCCAACGCCCAGCCCGACGGCCGACCCGACACCGUACCCGACGGCCUUUCCGACGCCGUACCCGACGGCCGACCUGACGGCGGGAGGGGAGAAACAAAACAUUCCCCCCCCCCCCGGCGCGGGGGAGGAGGAGAGAUACAUUCGAUUGCUUGGAGGGGGAUGGGAUUUCUCCCCGGCGCGCGGGGAAAGGGAAGAGACAGGCAAGUGCUG